AGAGGGGGGAAACGAAAGAAAGAAAAAGGGAUAGUAUGGUACGGCCCUCUGGGAGGAUACUGGCAAAUAAGCAAAUUAAACAGAAAGAGAGCAGCGUGUUGUCAUAGCAACAGUGCAAUUAAAUUACUUUACUGUCAGCCAUCAGAUAAUUUUCCUGUUUAGAAGCUCAUGGGACAUAACUUCCAUUUGGAGUCAAAGUUGAGUGUGCGGUGUAGGUAGGCGAUGCCCGUGCCCCCAGAUGCUGGUGAUACUCGUGUUUACCUUCUGCUAGCCCCUGGAUGCUGUUUUGAAAGCUAGGAAGUGGGAUCUACCAGUUGCUGUAUAAAUGGGUCCAGUCAUGCCUCCCAGUAAGAAGCCAGAGGGCUCAGGAAUUAGCGUUCCCAGCGGAUUGAGCCAACGUUACCAAGAUAGUGAUUUAUCAAAGGCACUUCAUGAUGACGAGGACCUAGAUUUCUCUUUGCCUGCCAUCAGAUUAGAUAAAGGGGCCAUGGAAGAUGAAGAACUAACUAAUUUGAACUGGCUACAUGAGAGCAAGAACUUGCUGAAAAGCUUUGGGGAUUCGGUGUUAAGGAGCGUUAGCCCUGUUCAGGACAUCGGUGAUGACACGCCGCCAUCUCCUGCUCACUCUGACAUGCCCUACGAUGCCAAGCAGAACCCCAACUGCAAACCUCCUUAUUCCUUUAGCUGCCUCAUAUUUAUGGCCAUUGAGGACUCGCCAACCAAAAGACUGCCCGUAAAGGAUAUAUACAACUGGAUCUUGGAACACUUUCCGUAUUUUGCAAACGCACCCACUGGAUGGAAAAAUUCUGUGAGACAUAAUCUAUCCUUGAAUAAGUGUUUUAAGAAAGUGGACAAAGACAGAAGUCAGGUAAGUUUGGAACUUUGGAAACCUAUAUGGCUCUGA